AAAUCAUAAAGUUUUAGCAGAAUCUACUUGUAAUGUAACUCGUUUCAUUGCUCUAAAUAAAGUUGGCAAUCCAAAUAAAGAGAAGUGGUUGUAUGCAUUUUCUAUUGAACCAAGUUCAUCAAUUGAGCGAACUGAAUUGACGAAACAACCAUUAGAUGUAACUGAAAGUCCUUAUAAUUUCCCAGAAUCAAUUUGCACACCUAAGAAAGAAGCAACACAACAAUUUUUUUAUAAUAUGGAUUACACUGAUGAUGAUGAUGAUUAUAGUAAGAAAAGAAAACAUCGUCAUGUAGAUACUCCUCGUCCAAAGAAACAUCAACCUCAAGGACCAUGCUGGUUUUGUUUAGCAAGUCCUGAAGUGGAGAAACAUUUAGUUGUCAGUGUAGGAGAUCAUAAUUACUUAGCAUUAGCUAAAGGUGGUUUGACAAAUGAUCAUAUACUUAUUCUUCCCAUUGCUCAUCAUCAGUCAACUAUUGAACUUCCACCAGAUGCAUUGCAUGAAAUAGAAAGAUAUAAAGAAUCCUUAAAAAAGUUUUUCAAUUCUCAAAAUAAAACUGUUGUGUUUUUUGAAAGAAAUUAUAAAAGUUCUCAUCUUCAGAUUCAGGUUGUUCCCAUACCACUUGAUAUGAUAGACAGACUUAAAUCAGUCUUCUUUUCUCAAGCAGAUGAAAAAGAUAUAAAUUUAGAUGAAAUUCCUAAACAUUCAGAACUAAGUCAGAUUGUUCCACCUGGUAAACCGUAUUUCUAUGUUGAAUUUGAAUCUGGUGAAAAAUUAUUUCAUAGAAUAAGAACACAGUUUCCUCUUCAAUUUGGCAGGGAAGUUUUAGCAAGUGAAGAAAUUCUAAAUAUACCUCAUUGUGCUGAUUGGAAAGCUUGUAAAUAUACUAAAGCUGAAGAAGUGGAAAUGGCUUCAGAUUUUAAAACGUUAUUCAAAACAUUUGACUUUACAUUGUUAUAAUAAUGUCAUCUAUAUAUAUAUAUAGAAAAGAAUUUGCUUAUGUACAGAACCAUAAAUUUCAUUACAUUAUAAUGUACAAUGAAUUUCUCAUAUUGAAAAUCUGCGCAUUGUCAUCAUAUUUUAGAAAUGUCAAAUAUUUUAGUCAUUUAUUUUGUUAUUUAAUACAAAUAAAUAAAUUAAAUUAAAU